AUGCCUCGGUUUCUGGAAACGUCCACCGGGGAAUUCGUCUGGAUCGAUGAUCCUAGCAAGGUCCACUACGCCAUUCUAUCCCAUGUUUGGAACCACCCCGGUGAACAGACAUACAACGAUGUCAUCCAACUCCAGAAAAUCGUUUCAGCACCCGCCCCUGCAUCCGAGAGCAGCGGUUCAACUUUACUGUCACACCCAGCUCUUUCACUGAAGACCAAGGGACUCUGUGAAGUUGCACGGAAGGCUGGCUACAAAUACGCAUGGACGGACGCGUGCUGCAUAGACAAAUCCAGUAGUUCAGAAGAAGCUCGGGCGAUCAACUCUAUGUAUCAGUGGUAUAGCCUCGCGGACGUUUGCUAUGUCUUCCUCGGCGACGUCCAGGACGGCGAGGAUCCUAGGAUGAAGGGAUCAAAAUUCCGAAGGAGCAGGUGGCACAAGCGGGGAUGGACACUCCAGGAGCUCAUCGCGUCACGGCGCGUGUUUUUCUAUACCUCCACCUGGACGCUCCUCGGUACCAAGAUGGGGCUCGCCUCCAUCCUAGAGGAGAUCACCGGUAUUGACUUCGAUAUCCUCACAGGCACUGCUAGCCUGAAGUCCGUCAGUGUUGCCAGACGAAUGUCAUGGGCCGCAUCGCGGGAGACCACGCUCGUCGAGGACAAGGCAUACUGUCUGUUGGGACUCUUCGACGUCUAUAUAUCUCCGAUCUACGGAGAAGGCCGCAAUGCAUUUCUUCGCCUACAGGAGGAAAUCGUCAAGGCUAUUCCAGACCAGAGUAUCUUCGCAUGGGGACGCGGUUUCACUCUGUCAAGUCCGAACGAUGGUGCACACGAGCAAGACGGCUGGGCAUCAACUGAGCCGGGCGUGUUCGCCGAGUCCCCCCGCGACUUCAAGUAUUCCCGUGAUAUAACACCU